AUGAAUCACACACCAGAAGCCAGAUCAACCCCUUUGAUAAUUGUUUCAGAUGCAAUUAAAGCAUUCAUCAAAUGUCAACUUGAGGUCAGACAUUCUCGAGAUGACUAUUUAGAGUUUCUACUUCUUGCUGCACAAAUAGCUGAACUGCAGGUUGAUGUAGCCAUUCGCAAACCUGGUGCACGGCACAGGGCACGAUGGAUGGCAAAAGCCAGCUACGCAUUAAAAAUUGAACUAAUAUUCACCGUAAAUAAAACCAUUUUUAACUUAAACAGCUCGAGAAUUACAAGGCUCACUGCUGAUGCACCUGUGAAUGAUAUUUUGUUGAUACAGCGUUUGCAUGACUAUGACGAUGCAGUUCUUGGUUUGACGAUUAAAAUGAUGCUGCGUCAUUUUUGGUACAUGAGUCCAGAAUUGGCAACUCUUGUUCUUUUUUCAUCUCUCCUGUAUGACAGAGAAAAGACUGAUCUUGUCCGCACAAUACAAGCAGAUCGAGGCCCACAUCUGAUGAAAACACUACCACAAAGUUUUGACAAUUUGCGUGCGUCUAAAACAUUUUUUGAAACAUCUAAUAUUGAUGCCAGUUUUCUUGAUGUACUUGUUGAAAACUGGUCAGAUACUCCUUCUUUCCAAGUUGCAGCAGUGUUUGUAAAGAAUCUGGUUUGCAUCAAUGACUGCAGAACGGGGAGUAGCGUUGGUACAACAUUUCAAUGA